UAUGAUAUCUGCAACAGCAACCCCAAAUCCACCCAAAGCUACAGAAAAGAAAGAAAAUAAAUUCACAUACACCAAAAAAAAAAAAAAAAAAAGAAAAAGAAAAAGAAAAAAAAAGCUCUCAAAAAUUAAUAAACGUUUUUGGGAUUGCAGCUUUAGAAACUUGAAGUGAAGCUGUUUCAGACAAGUUACCUAGGAAUCUGGAGCUGUUCUUUAGUGUUUUUGGUCUGUUGUUGGAUUCAACAAGAUGUCUCAAACCAACUGGGAAGCUGAUAAAAUGUUAGAUGUGUAUAUCCAUGAUUAUUUAGUAAAGAGGGAUUUAAAGGCUUCAGCUCAGGCUUUUCAAGCUGAAGGGAAAGUAUCAUCAGAUCCUGUAGCUAUCGAUGCACCUGGAGGUUUUCUCUUUGAAUGGUGGUCUGUUUUUUGGGAUAUAUUCAUUGCCAGGACUAAUGAGAAGCAUUCAGAGGUUGCUGCAUCUUAUAUUGAGACUCAAUUGAUUAAAGCACGGGAGCAGCAGCAACAGCAGCAGCAACCUCAACAGCCUCAACAUCAACAGCAACAGCAGCAGCAACAACUGCAGAUGCAACAGCUUUUAUUGCAGAGGCAUGCCCAACAACAACAACAGCAGCAACAACAGCAGCAACAACAGCAGCAGCAACAGCAGCAGCAACAGCAACAGCAACAGCAGCAACAGCAACAGCAACAGCAACAGCAACAACAACAACAACAGCAACAGCAACAACAGCAGCAACAACAGCAACAGCAGCAGCAGCCACCACAGCAGUCCCAGCAGGCACAACAGCCUCAGCAACGAAGGGACGGGUCUCAUCUCCUAAAUGGCAAUACAAAUGGACUUGUUGGAAAUGACUCUCUCAUACGUCAGCCUGCUGGAACUGCUAAUGCCAUGGCGACUAAGAUGUAUGAGGAAAGACUAAAAUUGCCACAUCAAAGGGAUUCUUUGGAUGAUGCAGCUAUGAAGCAAAGGUAUGGUGACAAUGUCGGCCAGCUCUUGGAUCCAAAUCAUGCCUCGAUAUUGAAGCCUGCAGCUGCAACUGGUCCGACUUCCGGGCAAGUAUGGCAUGGUACAGCUGGUGGAAUGUCUCCGCAAGUUCAAGCUCGGAGUCAGCAAUUGCCAGGAACAACACCGGAUAUAAAGAGUGAGAUGAAUCCAGUAUUGAAUCCUAGAGCUGCUGGUCCCGAUGGAUCUUUAAUGGGAAUUCCGGGGUCAAAUCAAGGUGGUAAUAAUUUAACUUUGAAAGGAUGGCCAUUAACAGGACUGGACCAACUGCGCGGUGGGAUCCUUCAGCCGCAAAAGUCUUUUAUGCAAGCUCCUCAGCCCUUUCAUCAACUUCAGAUGUUGACACCACAGCACCAGCAGCAACUCAUGCUUGCUCAGCAGAAUCUGACAUCACCAUCUGGCAGUGAUGAUAAUAGAAGAUUGAGAAUGCUAUUGAAUAAUAAUCGGACCAUGGGCCUCGGAAAGGAUGGCCUUUCUAAUUCUGUUGGUGAUGUGGUUCCAAAUGUAUCACCUUUGCAGGCUGGCAGUCCUCUCAUGCCUCGGGGAGAUACAGAAAUGCUAAUGAAGUUAAAAUUAGCUCAGUUGCAUCAACAGCAGCAGCAACUGCAACAGCAACAGCAACAGCAACAGCAACAGAACAGUAACUCACAGCAACAACAGCUUCAGCAGCAUGCGCUUUCGAAUCAACAGUCACAGAGUUCUAAUCCAAGUUUACAUCAACAAGAUAAAGUUGGUGGAGGUGGAAGUGUCACUGUGGAUGGGAGUAUGUCAAACUCAUUUCGAGGGAAUGAUCAGGUUUCAAAAAACCAGAAUGGAAGAAAGAGAAAACAGCCAGUGUCUUCUUCAGGCCCUGCCAAUAGCUCUGGGACAGCAAACACAGCUGGACCUUCGCCUAGUUCUGCACCUUCAACGCCAUCAACACACACUCCUGGAGAUGUGAUUUCAAUGCCUGCGAUGCCUCAUAGUGGCAGUUCUUCCAAGCCUUUGAUGAUGUUUGGUGCUGAGGGUGCUGGUACACUUGCAUCACCUUCAAAUCAAUUGUGGGAUGAUAAAGAUCUUGAAUUGCAGGCUGAAAUGGAUCGAUUUGUGGAGGAUGGAUCUCUUGAUGAUAACGUUGAGUCUUUUUUAUCCCAUGAUGAUACGGAUCCUAGAGAUGCUGUUGGCCGAUGUAUGGAUGUAACUAAAGGUUUCACAUUUAUGGAAGUAAAUUCUGUUCGAGCAAGCAGUAGCAAAGUUACUUGCUGCCAUUUCUCGUCAGACGGAAAGUUACUAGCUACUGGUGGCCAUGAUAAAAAGGCUGUAUUAUGGUACACGGACACUUUGAAGCCGAAGUCUACGCUUGAAGAACAUUCAUGUUUGAUUACUGAUGUUCGUUUCAGUCCAAGCAUGUCACGCCUUGCAACAUCUUCAUUUGACAAAACUGUCAGAGUCUGGGAUGCCGACAGUCCUGGUUAUUCGCUUCGUACAUUUAUGGGACAUUCUGGUAACGUUAUGUCACUUGACUUCCAUCCAACUAAGGAUGAUCUUAUCUGCUCUUGUGAUGGUGAUGGUGAAAUACGAUACUGGAGUAUCAACAACGGGAACUGUGCAAGAGCUUUCAAGGGUGGUACGGCCCCUGGUACAGCCCAAUUGAGAUUUCAACCUCGCCUCGGAAAAUAUCUUGCAGCAGCUGCUGAGAAUGUUGUAUCUAUACUGGACACCGAGACUCAAACUUGCCGGCACUCUUUACAGCAGGGACAUACUAAACUGAUCCAUUCCGUAUGCUGGGACCCUUCGGGUGAGCUUCUAGCAUCCGUUAGUGAGGACUCUGUUCGAGUUUGGUCCUUUGCGUCAGGCAGUGAAGGGGAAUGUGUUCACGAAUUGAGCUGUAAUGGCAACAAGUUCCACUCUUGUGUUUUCCAUCCUUCGUUUCAAUCACUGCUCGUUAUUGGCUGUUACCAGUCUUUGGAGCUAUGGAAUAUGUCGGAGAAUAAGACCAUGACAUUGUCGGCUCAUGAAGGACUCAUUGCUGCAUUGGCUGUAUCACCAGUGACAAGGUUGGUUUCUUCCGCAAGUCAUGACAAGUUCGUUAAACUGUGGAAGUGAUUUGAUCGCUUAGCUUGUGGCUGUUGUGGUUGCUCGAUGUGUCCGUUUUCUGUGGUUUGUCUUGGCUCCCCGUGUAACCCUAGUAAAAACUAACCCUGCUGUUGUUGCGUGCAUGUUUAUGUAACCCUUGUAUCUUUAACUCGGACAUUCUUGCUGUUCAUUCACCUUGUGUUUUUGAUGUUUUGUUGGUACUUCUGUUUUGUUUUUGUUUUUUUCGAAGUCGGAGAUGACUGUUCAUGGAUUCGAUAAGGUGCACAUUCCUUGAGCUUGAAGAUUUGAAGCCGUGGAUGGUAACAUCUUUGAUAGUUUUUGCGGAAUUUUUGUUAAUGAAAUCAAUGCAUGCAUGCAUGUUCGAAUUUGAGAGCUAA